CGAGGCCACUUAGGAGGUUUAUUUUAUUUUAUUUUAAGAGAAGGAAGCCUAAGUUUUAAAGAGGAACGGCUCUUCUACGUUCGUUCCCUUUCGGGCCUUCAACACGUGACUCCGGAAGCACUCCUAGCUCUAAGACCGUGAAGGGCGCGCGCACGCGCAGUGUGUGACCCUUUCCUCCACAUGUGAGUUCUGUCGGGCGCUCGCGGGGAGACGCGAGUGCGCGUGCGCGGCAGAGACAGCCCCUCUGUAGCAGGCGCCAUGGCAGGACAGGCAUUCAGGAAAUUCCUUCCCCUCUUCGACCGGGUCCUCGUUGAAAGAUGCGCAGCUGAGACAGUCACCAAGGGAGGCAUCAUGCUGCCGGAGAAGUCGCAAGGGAAAGUGCUGCAGGCCACUGUGGUGGCAGUGGGGUCAGGCUCUAAAGGAAAGGAUUUUUAUAAUUGGCCUGAUGAAUCUUUUGAAGAAAUGGAUAGCACCCUGGCCGUACAGCAGUACAUCCAGCAAAACAUAAGGGCAGACUGUUCGAACAUUGACAAGAUUCUUGAGCCUCCAGAGGGACAAGAUGAAGGUGUAUGGAAGUAUGAACACUUAAGGCAGUUCUGUCUUGAACUUAAUGGCCUUGCAGUUAAACUUCAGACUGAAUGCCAUCCAGAUACCUGUACGCAGAUGACAGCAACCGAACAGUGGAUUUUUCUUUGCGCAGCACAUAAAACUCCCAAAGAGUGUCCUGCCAUAGACUAUACCAGGCAUACGCUGGACGGAGCUGCGUGUCUGCUGAAUAGCAAUAAAUAUUUUCCCAGCAGAGUUAGCAUAAAGGAAUCCUCUGUAGCCAAACUAGGAUCAGUUUGCCGUAGGAUUUACAGAAUAUUUUCGCAUGCAUACUUUCAUCAUCGUCAAAUAUUCGACGAAUAUGAAAAUGAAACUUUCUUGUGUCAUCGGUUUACCAAAUUUGUGAUGAAAUACAACUUGAUGUCCAAGGAUAACCUGAUUGUCCCAAUUUUAGAAGAGGAGGUGCAGAAUUCGGUUUCUGGUGAAAGUGAGGCAUGAUGGGUAUCGUGGACUGUAACAAACACAUAAUUAACACAAUGUACUGUAUAUAUCAUUUAAGAGACUGCAAUCAUGUAUCCUUAGAGCUCUGGUUAGUAAACGUUUUGUAUGCUGUGUGCGUUUCCUCUUAAUAUGGGAUAUGGUUUAAGUUAUUCAUGAACUGUAUAUUCUUCAGUGUGGCGCUCAUGGUUUUUAAAGAAGAUUAGAAUUAUCUGUUUAUACUGCCUGAUAAUAAAAAGAAUUUACAGUUCUGAAAAAUUGCUGCUAAACAAUCAUUGGAUCACAAUCUUCAAAUCUUGUCCAGUUUAAAUCUAAUAAGUUGAUACUUUUUGAAUUAAUGAAGUUUGGCCUUUUUAACCUUUUUAAUAUUUGGUUUGGCAUUUUAAAUACCUAAAACUGCAAGUCCAUUGAAGUCCAGUUCUAUAAUUGAUAGAGAUUCCCUUGAUCUUAGUUCCAAGAUUUUUGGUUUGGGGUGUGCACAUUUGUAGUGCUAAACUAUUGUAGCAUGUGUGUAUCCAAAUAUCCAUUAUUACAGUAUUAAUACCAAAAGGAUAAUUUUUUAAAUUAUGUUGCCAAAAGUGUAUUAUGAUAUAUUUGUUUCUUUCUGGACUUGCCUUUUUGUAUCGUUGGAGGCUUGUGCGUCUCACAGAAGCGCACUUGUUCAGUCUUCUAAAGGGAAAGAUUUUCUUCUGUUUCUCUACUUGCCCCUCUCCCCUGGUGGAUAAAACCAAUGUUUGCCUACAGUGAAGUACUCUGUGGCGUACGCCUUUGCAUAUGUAGAGUAAUGGCUUACAGACUAUACAAUGCAUUAAAUGUUCAUGUGACACUACAGCAGUGUGCGCUCAAAUAACCUUACUCGUUUGUAGCGAAAGAGUUCUAUAUUCUUAGAAGCUUGAAUUUUACCCAUCACAAUGCGUGCAACUGGAAUCAGUCUGUCUUUAUCCAUCCCUUAAAAUAACACUUGCUUUAUGUUCCAGUAACAGGUUUUUGGAUUUGCAUUAUUGCUGAGGUUUCAGGAGCGCUGACUAAUGAAGUUUGAACUAUCCCAGAUGCUGCAGAACUAUUUUUUAGAAAUGACGUAGUAUGCUUUGUUACAUUCGGUAUACAUGAAUGCAGAAAUCUGAAAGCACUACCAUUGUUUGUAUGUUUAAAUGGGACUUGGAGCAACGUCUUAACUCUGAAGUUGGUGUAUGGGUCUUUCCCAUUAAAAGGCAUCAACCAGUGCCCCCUUUCUCUCUCUCAAAAGUAGAUGCAGUUUGGCCGUAACGUGGCCAAAGCUGACUUUAUCCAGUUUGUUUCCUUUUGAGGGUUACUCAUGAGGUGGGAAUAUAAAGAUAUGUAAUUUAUUCAUCAUAGUCAUAAUUCUGUUUCAGAAUACAUACUGGACAUGCCUUAAUUGCAUAUAAGGGAUUACAAACUGGGCACACCUUUAGCAGGUCUGCUACCUUGACAUAAAGGGAAUUGGAAAAAUGAGGAACUGGGGAGAGACUUGGGUCUUCACGGGUUGUGGCGCAAGCCUCCUCACUUGGGCUGGUGGCAUGGUUUGGAGGACUGGGCCAGAAGUUCUUCAGAGUCUUUAACCCGUUCUGCUGUCUUGGCAGCUCUUUAUUUUCUAUUUUGAAAUGGUCCACAGGGUCAUCACAUUGGAUGUGUUCUUAGCAACAGCAGGUUGCCGUUGCGCCUGUGCGCAGCGGAGGCUUACCUUGGACGAUCCAGCUUUGGUUAGUGUGAAAAGCAUGAAGAACCGGAUUUCAGAGGCAGCAGGAUACCUGGGGUGUUAUCACAAUUGGCUGUCCCAGUUCCGUCUGAACACAACGAUCAGGGGAAAAGACGGUUCCCUGAAUCACUUGCAUGUCGUGCUUGAGGUGGCAGUAAAAUUGUGAACCAUCUCUCUUUCCCUGCUAAAUGCCUCUAAAGUGGUUGGCCUUGUUUUUAGCGAAUAAUUCUGGUUCUGCCGCACUGUAAACUUGACUCCAUGUAAUCCAAGUUAAGCGAAUGGCCUAAAUGGGACGCUGCUUGUAAAGCUUUCCUUAACGCUGUUGACUCGAGUACCUCUGAUAAUGUGUGCGCGCAUGUGCCUGCCUGAUGCUCUAGAAUUUCAGUAAAGCUUAAGUGAACAAUUGACUUUGUAUGGUAAAUAUUUUGAGGGUUUAACUUACACCUUACAUUGUAGAGAAACUGAGCUAUGUUUGUCUUUUGAAUUACACUGUACAAAGUAGAGGUUCCAAUUAAAUUUUUUUCCUUUUUCCAUA